AUGCUUUACUUGAAACUUCUUUCAGGCUCCACGGGUACCUCGUCUCUACGUACGAAUCAGCAUCACUGCGACGAUUCCGAGCUGGAAGAGUGGAUAAUAUUACGAGCGAAUACCAGAGAAGCUCUCCAAUGGGUGAAAGCGAUGACGAAAAACGAGUCUAAGGAAACCCGUCUGGUUCUCAUGCGACGAGCUGCUGACAAACAGGCGCUGAUAACGCAGGAGGUCAGUUGGACAUUUCUAUUCAUGACAUUAUUCGCCUGGAAACGAAACCUAUGUUUGACGGGAAACAGUGGAACCUGGUCGGACAUGGUAUUCGACAACCAUCUCUGCGCUCUUCUCGUCUUGGCGAGGCAAUCUGUGGAGAGCGGAGAAAUCGAAAAGCUGCCAGAUAUCUUUCAGGAUCCUCUAUGGACGGAAGUGUUGCGGUUUCCAUUAUCCACUAGUCAGGUCACGACAUCACCCGAUAUUACCAACUGCUAUCUGUGCUAUGGUGCUGUGGUCCGUGAUGGAUACGGUUGUUCGUAUAACCUCCAAAAUGACACCAUCAUUUUUGCCCCAUCUGCGUUCAAAUCAGAUCCACGAACUAAUCUGGCUGGAUUCAAAGAUUCGAUACGAUCCGCACUUUAUGACAUGAAAAAUCUGCUUGUGAACUGA